ACCGAUGAAGGCGAGCACAGUCGUGCACGAAAAUUCUGAAAGUGCUGAAGCUCAUUAGCUACGCAGAACCAUUAGCUUGGACAUAACGCGCUUUACUCGACUGUAACCUUAGGCUACCUUCGCGGUCGCGGAAGCUCCUCUAUUGACACGAACUUUAUUACAUCGCUGUUUGACUUCACUUCAAACGAAAGGAUCGACUAAACGGAAUCGCGACCAACAAUUCGCCAUGGACUUCUGGACGAUAGUCUUGUCGAUAUUGAUCCUUGCGCUCAUCAUGUAUUAUUACUCGUCUCCCAAAGGCACACAAAACGCGUUUCAGCAACACGGGGUUCCGCACAGUAGACGAAUGUCUAUUCUGCAAGAGAUCCUGGAGCUGUUUGUGUUCCCGAAGACCUACACCGACAUGAUUCAGGCAGCGUACAAUACACACCGAGACGCCAAGUACGUCGGGAUCUUUCAUCUCACGAGAAGCUUCUUGAUGCUGCGCGAUCUCGAGGUGAUCAAGUCCAUCUGCUUGAAGAACUUCAACGCCUUCCAGGACCACUAUUUCUUCGGCACCGAGAUCCCGGAUCCGCUCUUCGCCAAGCAUCCGAUCGCACUACGCGGGGACGAAUGGCGCAACAUCCGGAACCUCUUGACUCACUCGUUCACGCCCAGCAAACUGAAGGUAAUGUUCCAACUGAUGUCCGAGUGUGCAGUAAAUUUUUCGCAAUUUGCGGCGAACUUGCCCACCGACAAGCGGAUCAUGGAGCUGAAAAAUGCCUUCGGCUGGUAUUCCAAUGACGUGAUCGCAUCAUGUGCCUUCGGCAUCAAAAUGGACUCGACCAAGUGUCCGAACAAUGAUUUCUACGUGUACGGCAAAAUAGCGACGAAUUUCAACAUGUACUCGCUCAUGAAAAUCUUGCUAAUGCAACACGCGCCGACGUUAGCACGUCUGCUGAACGUCAAGGUCCUCAGCGACCCGGUGCGCGAAUUCUUCAUCAACAAGGUGGCCGAAACUAUACGGAAGAGAGACGAAGAAGGCAUUGCUCAGCCCGAUGUGAUUCAGCUAAUGAUGGACAACAGGGACAAGCAGACAUUCAGCAUUGAGUAUAUGGCGUCGCAAGUAUUCAGCUUCUAUCUAGGUGGCUUCGAGACCGGAGCGACAGCUUUAUGCUUCGUGGCGUAUGAAAUUGCCGUCAAUCCGCAUAUCCAAGUAAGGUUACAACAGGAGAUUGAUCAGGUCCUGGAGGAGACAGACGGUCAGCCAUCUUAUGAAGCGAUCAACAAAAUGACAUAUCUGAACGCUGUUAUCCAAGAAACUUUGAGGAUGUAUCCGCCGACGCCGAUGAUUGACCGACUGUGUGUUAAAGAUUACGAGUUGCCCGCUGCAUUGCCAGGUGCGAAGCCGUAUCUCGUGAAGAAGGGAACAAUACUGUGGAUCCCGUUUUACGCACUCCAGCAUGAUCCCAAGUACUUUCCGGCGCCGGAGAAAUUCAAGCCCGAGAGGUUCCUCAAAGGUAAUGAGAUGGAACGAUGCAAUCUCGAUGCUUGCCAUCCAUUUGGAGUAGGUCCGAGAAUGUGCAUCGGCUAUAGGUUCGCUUUACUGCAGAUGAAGGUCUUGUUGUUUCAUAUGUUGGCACGCUGUGAGUUGAAGACGUGUAAGAGGACUCCGAUACCCUUGAAACUCAAAAAAGGUGGAUUCCUUUUGGAACCCGUCGGCGGAUUCUGGCUGGACUUUGUACCGAGACAAACGCGAGUUUAAACGCAGAUUUAGACAAUUUGUAAAACCGAGGAAAAUAGUACAAUUCUAUAAUUGUACGAUAGUGUAACUGUAGUUAAUAUUAUUAAUGGACAGUAAAAAACGAAAUA